AAUCAGUUAUGAGAUAUGCUCUUAACUUUUCCUUUUAACUUCCAUUUUCUGUACAGGCCUGAGGGCAUUGAACGUCAAUACAGGAAAAAGUGUGCAAAGUGUGGAUUGCCGCUCUUCUACCAGUCCCAGCCGAAGAAUGCUCCUGUGACCUUCAUUGUGGAUGGAGCAGUAGUGAAAUUUGGCCAAGGCUUUGGGAAAACCAAUAUAUAUACUCAGAAACAAGAGCCUCCUAAGAAGGUUAUGAUGACCAAAAGGACUAAAGACAUGGGCAAGUUCAGCUCUGUUACUGUGUCUACCAUUGAUGAAGAAGAAGAAGAGAUAGAGGCUAGGGAAGUUGCUGACUCCUAUGCGCAGAACGCCAAAGUGAUUGAAAAGCAGCUGGAGCGCAAAGGCAUGAGCAAGAGGCGGCUGCAGGAGUUGGCUGAAUUGGAAGCCAAGAAAGCAAAAAUGAAGGGGACCCUGAUCGACAACCAGUUCAAAUAAUCAGGAUCUUUCUGAGUUCAGACUGGAGGCAGCACUUAGAUCGGGAAGAACAGCUUCAAGAUCUCAUGUUCUGGUUCCUGUUUGUCCCAGGAGGGUUUUCUGACCAUCCCCAUUGGUUUUCUGACACUGUUUUUCUUUUCUUUCAUUUAAGUCCUUGACUCCAUUUCACUUGCUUUCUAGGAUGUAGGUUGUUUGUAAAAUCUCUGUAUAUGUUUUCUGUCUUUCUUGUCUUUGGGAUCAGGUCUUGUUACAUACCAGAGCAUGGCCUUGAACUUCGGGGGCCUCCUGUCUUAGCCUCUGUAGUGCGAAGUUCCAGGACCACAGCACCACACCUGGCUUCUGUAGCAGUCCUCUUUUCUUUUGAAGUAUACUUCUUCUGUGACAUGGCUAGAGCUAGUAAGCAUUUGAAUGUCUCUAGUCUCUGGCGUAGAUGUCUUUUCUUUCUUCUUCAAAGUUAUUGCAGUGUUUAAAGAUUUUUUUUAAAUAUGGUAUGGGAGGAAAGUAGCAAAAAUUAAGUUUAAAAUUACAACCAGGUGGAUCCUUUUAAGAAACACUGUCAGCUGGGAGAUGGCUCAGCGGUUAAGAGCACUGGCUGCUCUUCCAAAAGUCCUGAGCUCAAUUCCCAGCAACCACAUGGUUUCUUAUAACCAUCUGUCAUGGGAUCUGAUGCCCUCUUCUGAAAACAGUGUGCUCACAUACAUAAUAUAAAUAAAUAAGUCUUAGAAAGAAAAAGAGUAAUUUUAAAAAAGAGAGAAAAGAAACGGCCUCUAAUCUUUGAACUAUUCUUAGAAUUGACUAUGGUUUGAAUCUUUCUCCUAUCAUUAGAGAUCAAUUAGAAACCCUGAAUCUGCAGAAAUAUUUCUUUUCUCGAAAUAUUAGAAUUAUAGGUGAACCAUGCUAUGUCAGACUUCAGAAUAAAAGAAGGAAAAGCCAUGUGGCUGUGGGAGUAGCUCAGUAGUGGAAUGCAUGCUAGGCGUGUGUGAGGGCAUCCCCAGCACCAAAAAAAUAAAUUAAAAAAAAAAAAAAAAAGGAAAGCCAGAUCA